CUCUCUUCGUCCUUUGUGUUGCCAAUUUUGAAUCAAGCAAACAAAUUGAUCCAUGUCAGCACGUGAGUAGAAGCAAUCAAGGCAGCAAGCAGGUGAGUAAGCGAGUGUUCAAAACAAAAGCCGACUCUUCUCUUGUGCGAAGGGACCGUUCUCUCAUCCUGCUCUUGUUGCCAGUUUGGUUCGCGGCACUACUUUCCCCAGUGUCGAUUCGUUGUCGAUGUUAUUGUUGUAGAAAGGUCAGGUGUGAUGCAAUAGACGGCUUUUUGGGCGUGACUAUCUCGUUGUUGUCGUACCGAUACGCAUGCCUGAGGAGAAGAAACGUCCAGAAAAUAUACACCGUCUACGAUCCAUCAAACCUGGCAUAUCUCACCGCCCAAACGCAUCGGAUCCAAAAGCUGCAGGACGCCUCCCCCUUCCGUAUAUCCAGCAAACACAUACCAUGGGCGCAGGGCACUCGACGCCCCCACCACUCGUCCAAGUCUCCGCUCCAAGAGGAAAAGUCUUCGUCCCACCAGGUGUGUAUGCCCUCCUCCGUGAUCUUCCCUUCCAUUCUCUUUGCUCAAGUAACAGCGCUGAUGAAGACUAGGAACCGCGUUCACAGUCCAUCCCCCUUCCUACUCACGCUCACGCAGCGAUCCAUACACGCAACGGGGCCCGGUAUACGUCCCUUCUCCAACAGGUGGCAGCCCUCGGUAUCCUCCAUACGGACACACAGGCCGCCGACCGCGUCCACGGCGCCCACGACGACCAAGGGCGGAUUUAAGUGUUGAUCUUGAAAUUGAAGAGGAGAGUGGAGAGGG